AUGAAUUCUUUGAAAUGCGCCUUCGGUGUCUCUUCAGGCAAAUUUUUGGGAUUCCAAGUGACUGCUGAAGGGAUCAAAGUAGACCCGUCCAAGACUCAAGCCAUCCUCAUGAUGCCGCCACCACAAACUGUGAAGGAACUUCAGAGCUUCAUGGGCAAGGUGAACUACAUUCGUCGUUUUAUACCUGGCUUGGCCCAACUUGUCGCUGUAUUCACCCCCUUGCUGAAGAAGGGAGCAAAUUUUAUUUGGACCGCAACUCAACAAGAAGCAUUUCAAAAGAUUCAACGAAUAUUAUCAUCUCCAGCUAUCAUGAGGUCUCCCGUCCAAGGGAAGCCGCUAUGUCUCUACAUCGCCUUCAGCGAUACCGCUAUAGGGGAUUUACUCGCCCAGAAAGACGAUGAGGGAAUCGAACGCCCCAUAUAUUACUUCAGUCGAAUAUUAAGAGAUGCUGAGCUCAGGACGACCAUGUGGCUUCUCCAAAUGUCGGAGUUGGACAUAACACAUACGUCGCCUAGAGAUAUCAGGGGGCAAGCAGUCGCAGACUUAUUAGCAGCAUUCCCUGGAGAAGGCACUACGGGGCUACACGAAGAUCUUCCUGGAGAAUUUCCAGACAUCUCUGUUGUCGAGGAAGAAGCAUGGAUCUUCUGGGGAAUGGACAUUAUCGGGAAAAUCAAUCCGUCGUCAUCAAAGCAGCACGAGUACAUCAUAACCGCGACAGAAUACUUCACUAAAUGGGUAGAAUUCAUUCCUCUACGAGGGAUUACAGGAGCAACGAUUGCGGCUUUCAUUAAAGAACAUAUCAUUUGCCGCUUCAUUGUGCCAAAGCAUAUCAUCACUGAUAACGGCACUCCCUUCGCCAACAAACAGGCAUGUACUUCUGCUACAUUUAUCCUUCACACAGUAUUACUGACAGAGGCAGGGGAAUUCACUCGAACUCUGUCAAUUCCAAAGUAA